CCACAAUCCUGAGCUACUUCCGGCUCCUUUCGGCUCUCGUCUGUUCUUCCGGUGGCAAUGGCUGCGGCCGUGGCUGGGGUACUGCGAGGUGGUCUCCUGCCCCAGGCGGGCUGGCUGCCCACCCUCCAGACCGUGCGCCACGGCUCCAAGGCGGUGACCCGACACUGGCGUGUCAUGCACUACCAGCGGCAGAAGCUGAUGGCUGUGACUGAGUACAUCCCACCCCGGCCCGCUGUGAGCCCGAGAUGCCUGCCGCCUCCCCCCAAGCCCCCCAGGGAGGAAUCAGGCCUCAUCCGGGUCCUCCGGCGGGAGAUAGCAGCAGUUUUCCGGGACCACCGCAUGAUAGCCGUCUGCCAGAAUGUGGCCAUCAGCGGUGAGGACAAGCUCCUCAUGCGGCACCAGCUGCGAAAACACAAGAUCUUGGUGAAGAUCUUCCCCAACCAGGUCCUGAAGCCCUUUCUAGAGGAUUCCAAAUACAAAAGCCUGCUGCCCCUGUUCGUGGGGCACAACAUGCUGUUGGUCAGCGAGGAGCCCAAAGUCAAGGAGAUGGUGCGGAUCCUGAAGAUGAUGCCCUUCCUGCCACUGCUAGGUGGCUGCAUCGAUGACACCAUCCUGAGCAGCCAGGGCUUCCUGAACUACGCCAAGCUGCCCAGCCAGGCCCUGCUGCAGGGCGAGCUGUUAGGAGGACUCAGCUUCCUGCUGGCCCAGACCCACACCCUGCUCCAGCGCCAGCCCAUGCAGCUCACUGCCCUAUUGGAUCAGCACAUCAGACAGCAGCAGGAGGGGGACUCGGCCAGGACAGCCAGUGAGAAGCCAGACCCUCCCGAGCCGGUUCUGGACUCCUAGCCGGCCUGUGCCCCCAGCCCGCCCACAGACACCCCACCCUGACUUGCCGGCCUCUGUCCGAGAUGCCAAGGCGCUCGGGGUGGUGCGUGUGACGUGGCUUCCACCCAUAGCCACCUGCACGGGGACAGGACCACUCGAGACAGUGAGGCUGCUGGUCACUAUCUCUCACUAGUUUCCCAUGGGGCCCGGAUGGAAGCAAUCCCUUCCGUUUUCCGCCAUGAGGCCAGAGGGCUUCAAAUCUUGCCCUGGUCACCUCCCCCUCACCUGCUGUCCCUUGUGGACGUCUCCCUGCCCACUUUGGGGGCCCAGGCAGCUACAGAACCUCCGCUGAGUGGUGGUGCAGAGUGGCCCUGUGGGGAACCCCCUCUGCUGAGCACGCACAGUCAGUCCCUGGACCCUCCCAGUGUCAUACAGGAGAAAUGGACAGAGAACGUCAGUGGACGCCCAAGGUCCUGCAGUCCACAGUGGCAGAACAGGGACGCGGCCCAGGCUCUCGCCCUGAAUCGGGGUCACCUGCGUGAUCCUGGGUAGCUUGGAGGUCACCACCCUGCCCUCGGGGGCCCUGUGGUGGGCGGUGCGUGGUGAUAAAUGGAUUGUACGAAGGA